UUGGAAUUACUGGAACUAGAAAUGGCGUCUUUCAAUUGCUUCAUUUUAGCUUUGUUUGUGGUGCUGACAUUUACUAGCAUUAAUGGUGCCCUAGCUGCUCGUCAUCUUCAGCAGUUACCACUUUUGCCUCCUGUGCCAACUUUGCCAAGAACAGGGCUGCCACCAUUGCCAUAUAUUCCAACACUUCCACAGCCUACAAUGCCAACUAUGCCCACCACCCAGCCAACGCUACCUAGGCCUGCCCCGCUACCUCCAAUUCCUAGCAUUCCCAACGUGCCUACUCUCCCGAGGGCUACCUUGCCACCUCUUCCAAGCUUGCCUUCUAUCCCCACAAUACCCACUUCAAUUCCCUCUAUUCCAUUCCUCUCUCCACCACCUUCAACCACCAGUCCUUGAGAAUAUGCCGGUUUGGGCUUUGCAUUGAUCUGCUGUCAUCGUUACAGUUGCAUUGAUCUGCUAUCAUCGUUACAGCUUUCUUCUUUUACUAUGGAGAUGUUUGAGAUUUUCACUCAUUUAUUUCAGUUCUUUUCCUCUUCGUUAGCAGUGUGUUCUUUUCUGUUGCAUUAUUUUCAUCAUCUUAGAUCAUUAUUUGUUGUACCUUGUGAGUUUAUCAUGGAUUUAUCUAUAUCAUCAUAUUUUGUUUAUAUGCAGCAUCAUACUCCUUUCUUCCAUUCUCAAAGCUAGCCUCCAAAA